UGCAAAGAGGGGAUGUUAUCGUUCAGUCCUCAAUCCUUUUUAAACGGUGAAUUUAUUCUAAAAUGAGCCCUCUUCUUCCUCCUGUUAUUUUAAAAAAAAUUUAACCUGAAGCUCCAUACAAAUUUGAUUGGAGCUUAUUGUUUUCUUGACGUUCUGUAGAUCAAGUGUACACAGUUGUGAUCUGAAGGAAAAGUGACAGGAAGAGAUAUUUGCAAUUGAAAGCCAGAUGUGUCCUGAGUGCAUGAGUGAUACAAAACAUCGCAAAAUAGACACAUCAGAAGAAUAAACAAAUCUGUUCUGUCCGCCUUUCACCAAGAAAUAUAUAGACCUAAACUAUUGUUGGGAUUAUUUUCCAUAUGUGAUUUCUGACAAAAAAAAAUCCUUCUAAUGAUAUUUAUUAGAAAAUAAGACUGGGUGAAGACAAUGCCAUACUCGCCGCUCCUGAAGUUGCUAAUCCCCUUCCUGGGUGCCGCUCUGGUAGUGGUGUCAGUGGGCGACGCUGCCAGGUCCCAGAGAGUGGUGGUUGCUGGGAUGGAAGAGCAAGGCUCACACCUCAGCCUUCGUUCCUCUCAGCCUUACUUCGUGUACCAAGAGUCGCUCAAUGUCACCGGCCUCUUGGGCAAGACUGCCGUCCUCAACUGCCGAGUUAAAAACAUCGGCAACAAUACGGUGUCUUGGAUCCGACACAGAGACAUUCACCUGCUGACGGUGGGUGGUUUCACCUACACCUCAGACGCCCGGGUGUCGGCUCGACACGUCGACGGCUCUGAGGACUGGCUCCUGCUAGUACACUACUUGCAGGAGAGAGAUGCUGGCCAGUACGAGUGCCAGAUCUCCACCACGCCUCCACACAGUCACUUUGUACACCUCACUGUUGUGGAGCCUGAGACGGUGAUCGAGGGACCGGCGGAAGUUUACAUCAACACUGGGAGUCGCUUAGCUCUCACCUGCAGCGUUCUAUACAGCCCCGAACCCCCUGCUUUUAUUUUCUGGUACCAUAACGACAAGCUUGUCUCUUACGAGAGAGGUCGUGGGGAGGUGGUGGUGUCUACUGAAGGCGGGGGAGGAGGCGGAGUGGUGGAGGCUUGGACGGAAGUAGGAGUCGUCAGCAGUUCGCACCUACUGGUGCAGGUGGUGCAGCAGAGGCACUCCGGCGUGUACAGGUGUUCCCCCGCCAACUCCCGAAGCAAGCACGUCACUGUCCAUGUUAUUGCUGGAGAUCAACCAGCUGCUAUCGUCCACGACAACAAUAGCAACAAUAAUGGGAACAACAAUAGCUGUGUUGGUGUGGCAGAGAAAUACUCGUCUAGUCUCUGUUUCCACAUUAGCUGUCUAAUUGUCCUCCUUAAUUGUCUAACCUAACCUGAAACUAGCGCGACCUAGCCUAGCCUAGUUAGCGCCAAGGCUACGAUUAAUUCGUAGCCAAGUCUAGCAUAGAUUAGCCUAUAGCCCUAAUCGUUAUCUGAAGGAAAUAACUCAAAAUAACCUAGUUUAGUCUAGUCCAAAUAUACUCUGGUUUAUCUGAGAGUAAUUCGAACGUAAUCUAAGACUAUUUAUAAUGUAUUGUAGCCUAUUUUAGUCUUGCCUAAAUGUAACUUAGUCAAAUGUAAAUAAGUCCAAUUUUAAAAUAUAAUCUCUUCAAUGACGGAGAAUAACCCACAGGUGAACCUAAUAUAGCUGAAGGAUAAUAUAUUCCAACGUAUAUUGAACCUAACUUUAAGCUAUAUUGACCCUAGCCUCAGCUAUCUUAACGAAUAUUAACCUUUUUCUCAGCAAACCAAACCUCACCUCAGCUAACGUAACCAAUGUUGACUCUGAUCUCAGCUAAAUCUCAAGCCAAUUCAAGAUAAUGUAUAAUCUACUUAACGCAUCUUUACUCACACUACCCAGAAAUCCUAAAUUAACCCAACUAAAUCUAUUUUAGAAUCUAAAUUCUAUUUCGGCAAACCUAUACCCAUAAACAUAAUUUGCCAUAACCUUUCCUAU